AUGUGCAAAAGAGGGCUCCUGGACCCCAGAAGAAGGCAUGGGGAGGUCUCGGCGGCCAUGAUGGUGAACUUUGGGGACCACACCAGUGGCUUUCGUCACAACGAUGUAAUCAGUUUCAUCAACAGCGAGGUCCUCAUGAACGGAGGCGACCAUGAUUUCUAUACGGCCUUCUGCUCGGGACCCUGGAGUGAGGUAGAGGAUCGGCUGCGAGUUGUCUUAGCUAACCCACAGGUGCCGCACGCCAUCAAGAGGGCCUGUGCCUGGAACGCGCUGGCCUUUAGCGUGCGUGUUGGCAUGAGGCAGCAGGAGCGGCAGGAGCGUCAGAUCCGGUGGCUGCAGGAGCAGAUAGAGGAGCAAGAGAAGACUUACUGGGCCCUGGCCUUCAAGCUGCAGCGCCUGCGUGAUGAGCGGGAGGAGAUGGUGUCACAGUUGCGUUUCACAUGGGUCUCACUGAAGCAGGUGCUGAAGGAAUGUGAUGUGCUUCGUGGGCGGCUGCUCCAGGUCCCCCCAUUGGCCCAAGAGAUGGGGCCUGGGCCUCGAGCCAAGCAAUUUGGGGCAGUAGCAUGGCCCAUGAGCACGGAGCAGCAGGUGGCCAUGGGAGUGCCUGGCAGGCCUUAUUUUGAGGCAGUUGCUGAUAGGCUGAGGCAGAUGCCUGCCCCAGAAGCUGCUGUUUAUGUGCCAGGACCACCAAGUUCCUGGUCUCAGGCCAUGAAACCCCCUAUGCCAAUGCCGAUGCUGUAUCCAUUUCCAUACCAUGCACCAUUCCCCAUGGGAUCACAAUCCUUGCCGCCUGUACCACCAGCAGAAGCAGAAGCUGCAGCAGUCCCAUUUCAGAUGCCUUCUCCGGGAGCCUCUCUACCUGGCCCAUUGGUUGCAGUGGGCUUUCAAGAGAAGAUAGCCCCCCUGGGCAACAAGAAGAGCUACAGCCAGGGAGGUCCUGAGAUCCUGCAGGGUACAGUCCCCUUAGGGGGUAUCAGAAGUCUUAACCAGGAAGAAGGUCAGGAGAGGUCACAGGAGAUGGUCCCUCUGGGGACCAGUGGGAGCCACAGCCAGGAAGAAGUUCCCAGAAGACCCCAGGGGACUGUUCCCCUGGGGGACAGCAGAAGCCAGAAUCAGGAGAGAGAUCUAGAGAGAUUCCAGAGGAUUCUCCCCCUGGAGUACAAUAGAAGUCACAAGCAAGAAGAUCCAGAGAGACCCCAGGGGACUGACCACCUGGGAGUCAGCAGAAGCCAGAGCCAGGAAGGAGGUCCAGAGAGGCCUCAGGCUACUGCCCAGGGGGACAGCUGGAGCCAUGAUGGGAGAGAAAACCCAGAGAAACAACAGCCUCAGGAGCAGAAGACCGAGAAACCAAAAGGGAAAGAAGCCUCAGAAUCAUACCACAAGGAGAAGUCUGCUUCAGGUUGCAGUUCAGUGAAUUGGAAGUGCCCAUGGUGUAAAGUGAUGAAUUUUUCGUGGUGCAAGUCCUGCUAUAAAUACAGGAAAGUCUGGAGGGCAGUUGGGAGUGGAGGCCCAGACUCAGGACAAACUCACCGAUUUCAGGAAGGUGCUGAAUUCUACAUGGUUGAUACUGAUUGA